AGAUGUCUUUCGCACAUGUUUGCUGCCGAGAUUUACAUGCACAGGUUUCUUUUAUCCAGUCAUGUACGAACUCUAAAUCCAGGGGAAGCUGAUUGGUUUUAUACCCCUAUCUACGCCACUUGUGAUCUUACACCUACAGGCUUGCCAUUGCCCUUCAAGUCCCCACGGAUGGUGAGAAGUGCAGUUCAGCUUAUUUCCUGUAGCUGGCCUUGCUGGAAUCGAACCGAGGGUGCCAAUCAUUUCUUCGUGCCGCAUGAUUUCGGACCAUGCUUUCAUUAUCAGGAAGAGAAAGCUAUCGAGCGGGGGAUCCUUCCUAUUCUCCAGCGUGCUACCUUGGUUCAGACUUUCGGACAACGGAACCAUGUGUGCUUGAAUGAUGGUUCGAUUACGAUUCCUCCUUAUGCUCCGCAUCAAAAGAUGCAGGCACGCAAGAUUCCGCUCGAUACUCGUCGGUCUAUCUUUGUUUACUUUCUGGAAUUGUUUUAUGAUGUGAAUAAUGAUCCAGAAGGUGGCUACUAUGCAAGAGGCGCACGGGCUGCUGUUUGGGAAAAUUUUAAGAACAAUCCACUUUUCGACAUCUCCACCGAACAUCCAACGACUUACUACGAGGAUAUGCAACGAGCUGUAUUCUGCUUGUGCCCACUAGGGUGGGCACCCUGGAGUCCGAGGCUAGUCGAAGCUGUGGUAUUAGGCUGCAUUCCUGUUAUCAUAGCUGAUGAUAUAGUUUUACCCUUCGCUGAUGCUAUCCCCUGGGAGGAAAUCGGAGUGUUUGUUGCAGAAGAAGAUGUUCUCAAGUUGGAUACGAUUCUCACGUCGAUACUGCCGGAAGUAAUUUUAAGGAAACAGAGGCUUCUCGCUAAUCCGUUGAUGAAACGAGCCACGUUGUUCUCACAACCUGCACUGCCGGGAGAAGCUUUCCAUCAAAUACUGAACGGCAUAGCUUGGAAAUUGCCGCAUCAGAAGAGUAUCAACUUGAAGCCCGGUGAAAAGAUUUUGAACUGGACAGCAGGACCGGUCAGGGACUUAAAACCUUGGUGAUGCAACUGUUCUUUGACAUUCACUGCCUCACCU